AUGUGGCAACAACAAGAUAUGGCCCUACACCUUGUUGGAGUUGGCGUCACACAUUCAAUUGCACCUAAUAUGCACAACUAUAUCGCAAAAACGCUCGGUCUUCCAUGGACCUUCUAUGCGACCGAGUGCCCGACAACAGAAGAGCUUGUCGAUCUGGCCAAGAGCCCUACCACAGCUGGUCUUGUUGUCACGAUGCCCUACAAGAAUAUCAUCCUGGAGCAUCUUUGUGAGCGGGAUGAGCUAGCGACCAUGAUCGGCGCUUGCAAUAAUGUUUACUACAAGAAUGGCAAUCCCAGACGGCUCUGCGGUACCAAUACGGACUGGCGAGGAGUCAAAGGCUGUCUCUUAGAGAAAGGACCAGAGGAGGGAAGGCCAUCUGCAGCAUCCCCCGCAUCGGCCUUGAUCGUUGGGGCUGGCGGAGCAAGCCGCGCGGCCGUCUAUGCUCUUACAGAGCACCUCCACUGUCCCACGAUCUAUGUUCUGAAUCGUGAUGAGGAUGAGGUUGUCAAUCUCAUUCGAGAUUCACAAAAGCUUCCAAAUACUCCAAACAUCAUUCAUGUCAAGGUAUUGGAGCAAGCAGAGAAAUUGCCGAGUCCUUACUAUAUCGUUGGCACUGUGCCGGAUCUUGAGCCCAAGUCACCAUCUGAGCUUGAGGUUGCUUCUAUGUUGAAGCAUUUCCUUUCGCGGGCGGAGAAGGGAGUGUUGCUUGAUAUGUGUUUCAAGCCGAGAAGAACUCGGAUGAUCAAGUUGGCAGAGCAGUUGGAAUGGCCUUGCGUUGAAGGAACCCAUGUCAUUGGAUAUCAGAUUGAAGAGCAAUGGCGGUUAUGGGCCGGGGAGGAACUCUGUAAGAAGUUGGAUCGACAGGGCGCAUGGGAUGUUCUUCUCAAGGCUGCGGAGGAAAGCACAGGAAUCAACUUCUAG